AUGUAUAAUCUUUGUGUUAAAGAUCUUUUACUUCCUGAAGUAAAACAAUGGGAUGUGGGUAAGGUGAACCUUCUUUUUGACCAUGUGGGGGCUGAAGCUAUUCUUAGAGUCCCAUUAUUGGAGGAGGUUGUGGAGGAUAGAUUGGUGUGGCAAGAGGAGAGGAAUGGUGAGUAUAGUGUGAAAUCGGGAUAUAGACUUUGGAGAAGUGUGCAAAGUAAUAGCCGACAAUAUGGUAGUGAAGGUAAUUGGAAGAAUUUGUGGAACAUAGUAGCACCUCCGAGAGCUAAGCAUUUGUUAUGGCGAAUUUGUAGAGGUUGCCUUCCGACUCGUUCUAAUUUGCUACAUCAUCAUGUUCAAUGCCCGUCUUUAUGUCCUUGGUGUGAAUUAGAAGAUGAAGAUGAAUGGCACAUUUUUUUCGGUUGCGUUUCUACUUCUCAAAGUUGGCGAGCAGCAGGUUUGUCAUCUAUAAUCGAUCCUCGAAUACAUACUUUUCAUGAUGCUAAGUCCCUUAUUUUUGAUGUGUGUAGUCGAGAGGAUCGUAGGGAUGCUGGUAGGUUUGCUGUGUUGCUUGAGUCCCUUUGGAAAAGCAGAAACAAUGUGGUUUGGCAAGAUGAUCGAGAAGAUGGUAUAAGAAUUGGUUUACAAGCCUAUCACAACUGGUAUGAUUGGUUUUUAGCUAGAAAGGAGCUUAAUGUGUCCGCAACCAGUAAUAAUUCAGUGGAUUGGAUUCCUCCUUUGAUUGAUAAGGUGAAGUGUAAUGUCGAUGCAGGUUUUAAUAAUGUUGGUGGUACUACUAAUAGGGGGUGGUGUUUUCGGGAUCACUUGGGGAGAUUUAUCAGAGCCGGUGUAGCUUGGGAUGUGGGUCUUUUUUCGGUCUUUGAAGCCGAAGCCAUCGCUUUGAAGGAAGCUAUCCAGGAUGCUAUCUCUCUCCACUUAUCUCAUGUUACCUUUGAAAGUGAUUGUCAGUUUGUGGUCAAUUCUAUUCAAUCUAAACAUGUUGGUGGCGAGGGAGGAUUAUGGGCUUCCGAUCAGUUUCUUGUUGGUGGAAAGACGUGUCUCUUCUCGGGUCUAAAGAAAAGAGGAUGA